AUGUCCGUCCACGCAAACGGAAAGACUCCCCUCCAGGCAUUCAGCCAAUCGCCCUUCCGCACCCGCCAUGACUUCCAAACCGCCUGUCAGGCCCUCCUAGACCCCCUCGUACAAUGCUUCACGCCCGGAUGCACGCGCGUCAAGAUCGGCACCACGACCACGCGCUUCGACGAGGGCGGCGCACAGAUCGAGGGCUUCGCCCGGCCCCUCUGGGGCCUGUCGGCCUUGGUCGGCGGCGGGUACGACUACGCAGCGGCGGCGCGCUGGCGCGAGGGCUUCAUCAACGGCACGGAUCCCGCGCACCCGGAGUUCUGGGGCCACAUCGAGGACAUGGACCAGCGCAUGGUGGAGAUGUGUCCCAUCGGGUUCACGCUGGCCGUUGCGCCGCAUGUGUUCUGGGAUCCGUUGAGCGCGGCGCAGAAGGAGAACGUGGCGAAUUGGCUGAAUAGCAUCAACGAGCGGGAGAUGCCGAACACGAACUGGCUGUGGUUCCGCGUGUUUGCCAAUCUCGGUCUGCGACGCAAUGGCGCGCCGUAUUCCCUGUCCCGGAUUGAGGCCGAUAUGGACCAUCUGGAUACGUUCCAUGUCGGGGGUGGAUGGAGCAAUGACGGACCCAAGAGCCACCAUCAGAUGGACUACUACUCCGGGUCGUUUGCGAUCCAGUUCCUGCAGCUGCUGUACGCGAAACUGGCGGGGGAUUUCGACCAGCCGCGGGCAGAGAAGUACCGAGAACGGGCGAGACAGUUUGCCCUGGACUUUGUGCACUAUUUCGAUCCAAGUGGCGCCUCGAUCCCCUUCGGACGUUCCAUGACGUACCGCUUCGCGAUGGUCGGUUUCUGGGGCGCGCUGGCGUUUGCGGACGUCGAGCCUCCGGCGCCUCUGACCUGGGGCAUGGUCAAGGGCCUCCUGCUGCGGCAUUUUCGCUGGUGGUCGACGCAGCGCGACAUGUUCAACAACGACGGCACGCUCAACCUCGGAUACUCGUACGCUAACAUGUACCUGACGGAGAACUACAACUCGCCGGGCUCGCCGUACUGGUGCUGUCUGUCGUUCGUGCCGCUGGCCCUGCCUGACUCGCAUCCGUUCUGGGCCGCCACCGAAGAAGCCUACCCCAGUGCCGUCCUCCCCGCCGUGACAGCCCUCACGUACCCCAAACACAUCAUGGUGCACCGCGGGGGGCACACCUUCCUGCUCUCCUCGGGCCAGGCGUGCCACUAUCCGAUCCGCGCCACGCAGGCCAAGUACGGUAAGUUCGCCUACAGCGCGUCGUUCGGGUACUCGGUGCCGACGGGCUCGUAUCAGCUGGAGCAGUUCGCGCCCGACAGCAUGCUGGCGCUGUCCGACGACGGCGGCGACAUCUGGCAGACGCGGCGGGCGACGCUCAACGCGCGGUUCGAGUAUCCGGACGGGGACGGGCCCGUCCUCGUCUCGGACUGGCGCCCCUGGCCGGAUGUCGAGGUGGAGACGUUUCUGAUUCCGCCGGCGGAUGGGAGCGAGAACUGGCAUCUGCGGGCGCAUCGGGUGCGUGCCGGUCGGGAUGUGAUGUCCUCCGAGGGGGCGUUUGCGAUCUACGGGUGUCGCAGUGACAAUGGUCGGAUCUUGGGUGCGCUGUCGGAGGGCGCGUCUGAAGGCACACUGCAGGCGCACCGGAGAGCGCUGACGGUGUCGUCUGCGGGGGCUGUGGGCAUCGCGGAGCUCCAGGAGGUGGAGCGGGCUGGGAGAGUGGUGCUGGCGGAUCCGAAUUCGAAUCUCAUCCAUGGUCGGACUCUGUUGCCUUCGCUGGGAGCUGAUAUCAAGGCUGGGACGCAGCGGUGGUUCGUGACGGCGGUGUUUGCGCUGCCUGCGGAGGGCAAUGAUGGCUGGACGGAUGAAUGGAGGGCGAAGUGGGAGCAGAGUCCGGGGAUUCCUGAGUGGCUAAAGAAGAGGAUGGAGUAG